GACGACGGCGCCCCGCAGAACCACAUGGCCCGCGCGCAGAUGAAGGCCUACGACCAGGAGAUCCCUUGGAGAGAGACCGUGAACAUGGACGGUGCAUCGCUGCAGUGUUUCCUGGAGGCGACGCGCAAGGAGUGCAGCAACUGGGUCAAGCGGGCGCUGAUGGUUCCUGUCCCGGAGGAGCUCGCGCAGGACAUGCUCAGCUCGUCUGAGAUUCGCAAGCGGUGCACCCGAGGCCGGCGGUGCUAUCGUGACAAUGCCUGCGGCCUUGGAGAGUUCGCCGCCAAAUGCCGCGGAGUCGUCGUCGGCUGCGGCGAUCCCCGGCUGGAUGCGCGGGAGAGGAGGUCACCGACCACUCUGCGCAUCAGUUUCUCCGACUCCUGUCAGAUUCUGGCUUCCACGAAGGCGCGCGAGUCGAAGAACGACUGGACCGCCUGCGUCGGCGACCUCGAGAACAGCUUCUUCCAGGGGGGCCGCGAGAGGGACGACGAGGUGACAGGUAACAUCUACGGCUUCGCCGACGCCCCAUUAGAUCUGCGCCGCCACAUUCGCCGCAAGAUGUAUCAGCUCGGUCUCGCGAGCCACAGCCUCGACGCGAUGCGCUUCCUCAAGUGCGACAAGAACCGACUGGUCGCGAUUGCCCUUUGGUACGUGGACGACAGUUUUGCAGUCUACCCCAAGAAGCUGUUGAACUUUUCCGAGCUGGAGAAGGCCUUCGCGCGGGGGGAGAUGGACUUCCUACCCGAACAGCUCGGUUGGCGCGGCCGGGAGUUUAACCAGUACGAGAACGGGGGCUCGCUGCACGGCGCCGAGCGCACCGAGAUGAGGAUCCAGAACGAGGAUCCGCAGAUCAUCGACUUCAAGGAGAUGCGCGCGACGAUCGAGCACCUGCGGGCCACGCCGGAGGUUGGCGGCAGCAUCGGCGCCGUCGCGUUCGGCGAUUCCAGCUGGGCCUACGCGCAGCAGCUCAAGAGCCAGACGGGGGCGAUGGUGGUCUGGAUUAACCGUGAGGCGCUGACGGGGUCAGCGCCAGCUUCCUUUGCUGAUUGGCGCUCUGUCCGCACGCAGCGCCAAGUUCGCUCUACUCUAGCAGCUGAGGCUUGCGCCGCCGACGCAGCCGUCGACCGCGGCUACUACGCCUCGACUUAUCUAAGCGAGGUGUUGACCGGUAAGUCAUACGUUGCCUCGCGAAUUUCAGACCGCGAGUUGCUAGCUGUGCCGCUAUUUGCCAUUACCGAUUGCAAGAGUUUGUACGAUUGUGUAAGGAAGGAGAAUUCCAGCCUCGCCGAGAAGCGCGCCCUGCUGGACGUGUGGUCUAUUCAGACGAGCCUCGGUUUAGGCUCAAUGCGGUGGGUACCCACCACGAACAUGAUUGCAGACCCGUUCGCCAAGAUUUCGGAUGGGCUUCGCGAGGCUCUUGUACAGUGGAUGGUGAAUCCCAUUACCGAGCUUGUCGUUUAA